AUGUCUGACGUCGCACACUUGCUCCGAAAGGCGCGCGGCUUUUCGAACGCUGUAGCAGACUGGGUUCCCACGGUAAGGGCGAGCGGCCUCAGACUGCUGAUUGGCCUGCGAUCCGAGCACUUCGGCGACCUUGCUCAAGACGACGUGCGGUUUCGAGAAGUCCUCGAGGAGGUGCGAACCAGGUUCGGGGUCGUCACCGGUGUCUCCAUCUAUUGGGAGAACGAGGCUACUCUUGACCUCGCUAAGCAACGCACUUUUUAUGCGGAGUUCUACAACAAAUUCAAGCCCACGACAUUCGAGCUAUUUGUGCGGAUCACGUCAAAAGGUGUUGAAAAUCAACAAUACGACAUCAACUUUCUGGUAGCCCGCAGCCGAGCUCUUGUGGUACACACCCACGAAUUCCGGGCCCCCGGCACAGCGAAGGCGUACCCUCCGUGCACACUCGAGAAGGACAUCUUCGGUUUCCAAGAAAAAAGUUGGCUCUGGGUCCUCCACGAAGUCACCAAGAACGACGCUAGCAUUCAUAAGUCGCUAAUCCCCACCGUUUCCACGAGGGGGCUGAAGUACGAGUUGGACAACCAAACCGUCAGCAACGUUGGAGCCAACGUUACCAACAGCGGGGACCCCAUUUCCUUAUACGAGAUCUGCCCCGAAUGGAAUCGCUGGAGCCCUCAGUUGGAAAACAGCACAAAGUGCACGGUUGGCCAGAGUGGAAGAGAUUGGAUAGGAUUCGAAGCGGCUCAAAGCGUCCUCAUCAAGGUCGAGAUGGUUAAAAAGAAGCACAACCUGGGCAUUGCCGUGAUGCACAUUGAGCUGGACGACAAGAACGACUGCAGCAACCAGCGGAGGCCCUACCUCUUGAGCGCCGUUCACGGCGCCCUUCACUCCACGGCCUGACGAGUCCCCAUGUUCCCCGCAUUGCAUUUUCAUUGAUUCACGCUAUGUUCGAACGCAUAGCAUGUGCUACGCUAGUAAGAAAGAAAAAAAAAUAUCUAUAUAGUUGGGUCGUUUUCAUUCUAUAACGAAAAAUAAAAUGCAUUGUUGUGAAAUUUGUAUAAAUAUCAGACGCCAUGUAUUAUAGGG